ACGCAGGCAGUGCGACAGACACCCCGGAACCGGUCGGCUAGGACCCCGGCCGGCAGCCAAGAUGGCGGCGCCCGUGUUGGGGGCGUGCAGCGCGCGGAUGCUGCGGAUUCCUUCGGCGGCCUCGGCCUCCCGCGCCUACCGGGCCCCGCCGCCCCCGUUCCACCCGCGUAAGCCCUUCACCCCCGACCCAACAGACCCGCUGACCCCGCGCUGGCAGCUGCGGCCCCGCUUCGCCGCUAAGCAGUUCGGGCGCUUUGGGGCCGCGUCCGGGGUGGCCCCGGGUUCGCUGUGGCCCACGGCCCCGCAGCUCCAGGAGCUGGAGGCCGAGGAACGAGAAUGGCAGCCGAGCCUGCACGCCAUGCAGGAGGCGCUGCGGGCCCGCGCCGAGGCCCAGGAGCGAGAGCGCCGGGAGAGGGAGCAGCUCAUUGAGGCCAGAAUGGCCCAGAUGCCACAGAUGAUCAUGGAGUGGAGGGAGCAGCAACGUGAACGCUGGGAGAAGGCACAGGCAGAGAAGGCCCGAAGGGCUCGGCUCCAGGCAGAGGCGCAGGAGAAGCUUGGCUAUGAUGUGGACCCAAGAAGCUCCCGCUUCCAGGAACUGCUGCAGGAGCUGGAGAAGCAGGACCGCAAGCGUCUGAAGCAGGAGAAGAAGCAGCAGAAGGAGGCAGCGAGAAUGGCAGCCUUGCAAACGGCCGCCGAGAGCUCCGGAAACACGGAGCCAGGGAGCUCAGGCAGCAAGCCUGCUGAAAACCCCUCCAAUAAAGCUUAGUGCCCAGCA